AUGCCAGCUGGUUAUAAUAACCAACCUAUAUCAGGUUUCACUGGACAUCUGCCGGGAGCUAAAUGGCAAGUUGGUUCUCGUUAUGUGCCUCCUGAGAACAUCAAUCAGAACAGCAGCGUAGAUCCGGUAGUUUCAGUUUCUCCGCACACAACGCGCCUACCAAGAACGAAUUACGGAUUCAGUCCUCAACUUGGUGAUGAAGUUUCAACCAUCAAUUAUACCUUACAGCAGCAACACAUUCCUGACAAAUCGCAUAUUACUUUCCAGGAUAAUGUCAUUGUGGAUUCAAACCAUGGAAUCAAUUCAGAAAUGGGGGGACGCCAACAAGGCUCCCCUGUUAGCAUUUUGAGGCCAGGAAGUUCUCAAAUGUCAGUAGGUUAUACAGCGCAGGGUAUUCCGGUCCGCUAUCCGCCUCACAUGCAACCUGGAAACUCGGAAAAUGCGCGCUUGUAUCCAACUGAAACCUCUAACUCCUUUUCAAUGCCAAGUAGUACGCCUGUCUCUACCCCAAACAUGGUCCGAUAUAAUGAGAAUCCUGGAUCACAGCCAUACUUAGCACAGUCACAUAGCUCCAAUGGACAGUUUAAUGACGUAAGAAGGCAUGAACAAAAUAAUAAAACAGCCGAAGUGCAACAAAGAAGUCGAAGCAUUCCUAGAAGAAGAAUUGAGAAAGAUCCAUUCGAGGGUAUUGAAGGAGGUUGGUGGAGCAAAGGAGAAGUUCUAAGAAAUAAGGAGAGAAGAGAACUGGUCAAUCGUGGUCAAACUGUUUUGGGAGGUCAAUACUCUUACAAUUUGCCCAGUGCAGAAUCCACACAAAGACAAUGGCAACAAGUACAAAAAGAAGAAGAAAAUGACAUACCUGCUGCAGGAUAUAGUGGACAUAUCCAAGGCCUUCGUCAAUUAGGAAUCGGGAAAUCGUUUAAUGCUGCCGCAAAAGAAGCUAAGAAAGAGUAUUUCGAAAGACGCCGAGCUAGAAGUGGAGGACGAGAACAAUUUUACGAUAGAAGUCAAUCAAACUAUGAUAUUUCACGAUCGAACAAUGGUCAUGUUCGUCAGGAUUAUUAA